AAAAAAAAAAAAGGGAAAAAGCCCGAGGAGGAGCGAGCGCACCAGGCGAACUCGAGAGAGGCGAGCGAGCGGGAGGGACGCCGCCAGCAAGCCUGUCCCCGGCGCGCCCGUGCCCGGCGCCUGCAGACCCUCGGCCCCGCUCCGCGGGCCCUCCACGCCCCUCCCGCGCGAGGGGAGCCCCACGGCGCGCCGCGGCUUUGACCUUCAGCGAGCGGAGCCCCCGCGCGCGCGGAGCCCGGGCGGCGGGCGGGAGUGCUGAGCGCGGCGCGGCCGGCCCGCUGCUUUGUGUUGCUCUGGAUUUGGGAAGGAGCUCGCGGCGGCGAGCGGAGCCCGGAGGACGCGGAGGAGGGGGAGCCGCUCAUUCAUUUUUACUCCGCGUUUCUGCCCCCGGCCGGCCUCGCCCGCGACCGGGACUUCGGGGCAGUCCUGCGAACUGCGUCGCGCCCUCCCGCCGCGGCGGCUCGGGUGCCGGACAGCCUCCCCCUGCGUCUGGGCUCGGGUCUGUUUUCCUCGCCCAGACGAAUUUGGGCUUUGCCCCCUUUCUUUGCAGUGUCCCCCACUGCCUGCCUCUCUGGGUUUGAAAAUGGAGGCCGACGACGCCGACAGCCCGCCCCGGCGCGCCCCGGGUUCCCGACUCCGCCGAGCGCAGCGCCGAGGCUGCCGGCGCUGAGGGCCCGUCCCGCGCCGCCGCCCGCCCCGUCCGCGCAGCCCGGCGGGGCCCCGGCCGGCGCCGCCUUUGGACUAUUGUUUCCUUCGCCCUUGUUUUUGGAGGGGGGCGAAGACUGAGUUUGCGACUUUUCCUUCCCUUCCCUCACCCCCCUUUUUUUUUUGGAGAAAGGGGAAUUUCGUCCCAAAUAAAAGGAAUGAAGCCUGGCUCCGGAGGAGGGUCCCGGACCUCGCUGUGGGGGCUCCUGUUUCUCUCCGCCGCGCUCUCACUCUCGCUCGGGCCGACGCGUGGAGAAAUCUGCGGGCCGGGCAUCGACAUCCGCAACGACUAUCAGCAGCUGAAGCGCCUGGAAAACUGCACGGUGAUCGAGGGCUACCUCCAUAUCCUGCUCAUCUCCAAGGCCGAGGACUACCGCAGCUACCGCUUCCCCAAGCUCACAGUCAUCACCGAAUACUUGCUGCUGUUCCGCGUGGCCGGCCUCGAGAGCCUGGGUGACCUCUUCCCGAACCUCACUGUCAUCCGAGGCUGGAAACUCUUCUACAACUACGCCCUGGUCAUCUUCGAGAUGACCAACCUCAAGGAUAUUGGGCUUUACAACCUGAGGAACAUUACUCGGGGGGCCAUCAGGAUCGAGAAGAAUGCCGACCUCUGUUACCUCUCCACCGUGGACUGGUCCCUGAUCCUGGAUGCCGUAUCCAAUAACUACAUCGUGGGGAACAAACCCCCAAAGGAAUGCGGGGACCUGUGUCCAGGGACGAUGGAGGAGAAGCCAUUGUGUGAGAAGACCACCAUCAACAACGAGUACAACUACCGCUGUUGGACGACAAAUCGCUGCCAGAAAAUGUUCGCUCUCGGUGGAGCCCAGCCUGUGAAGCACCCUGAUUGCAAUGAAUUGGCAACCCUCUGUUCCCCUUCUACUACUGCAGAUGAACCAUCACUUGCCUCCAUCAAUUUUCUGAGGAUUCACCUAGUGAUGUGGUGGGGAGAUUAGUGAUUAGUGCUCUGG